AUGUCUCCUCCGAGCAGCGCGGCGGGAGGAAUCCACGGACUGCUGCUGAAACUGCACGAGUCUCUGGCAGAGGAAGACUCCCGGGCCGCUGCCCUCAGAAGUCACGAUAUCGUCGGAGAUUUGGCACAUGAGUGCAUGUUGAUGCCCUCCGAGAAUGAGCUGGCUUUACAGACCUCCCUGCUGUUCUCAAAAGACUUCGGCCUGCUGAGCUUCCUCAGGAAGUCCCUGGCAUCAGAUGAGCUGCGAGACACUCGGGUUGAGAUCCUGGGCUUUUUGGAGAAAUUUCUGGAUCAAAUCUCUCUGAGAGACAAAAGCUGGGAUAAAACCUACGCUACUGACAUCAGAGACGUGUGUAUGGUUGUAUACACCAAGGAUAAAGUAGCCAAGUGUCGAACUCCGGUGCUGGAGCUUCUCAUUAAGAUUCUGCAGAAAACCAAAGCCUCGAGCGUCGUCGCAGAUUUUAAAAUAAGUGACAUGUUCAACAGAUAUUACAGUGAGCUUUGUCAGAAGAGCAAGUUAUCAGAUUCAGUUCUUGGCAAAAUCUAUGAGUUGCUGGGCGUUCUCGCCGAGGUCCAUCCCAGUGAAAUGGUCAACAACUCCGAUAAACUCUACAAGGCCUGUUUGGGAGAGCUGAAGGAACAGAUGACAUCUUCAACAAAGGAGCCAAAGCUUCUUGUUGUCGCUGGAUGUUUGAGAGGAAUCACAGCUCUCAUGGUAAACUUCACUAAAACCAUGGAAGAAGACCCAGCAACAUCCAAGGAGAUUUUCCAGUACGCCAUGAAGGCCAUCAGUCCCCAGAUGGAGAUGACUCGCUACGCAGUGACGUUCGCCGGGCUCAGGUUGUUCGCCAAGCACGCGUCUCAGUUCAGCAGCUGCCUGAUGGACCACUACAGGAGUCUGUUCGACACCAUGAGUAAGCUGUGCGGACACAUCAAUGCUGAGAUGAAGAAGACCAGCUACUACGCACUGGAAGCUUUCCUUAAACAGGUUGCAGAGCUGGUGGCCGACAACAUCGAGGAGCACAAAAGCAAGCUGAAGUUCUUCAUGCAGAAGUUCUGCGGCAUCAUUAAGGCCAUGGACUCCACGCACAAGGAGCUCUCCAUCGCCAUACGGGGAUAUGGAUUCUUUGCCGCUCCGUGCAAGAAGGUUUGCCCGCAGGACGUGGACCUGAUGUACACGGAGCUGAUUCAGCGUUGCAAGCAGAUGUACCUGACCGAGUCCGAAGAGGAGGACGAGAGCUUCUACCAGCUGCCCAGCUUCCUGGACUCCAUCGCCAGUGUCAUCAUUCACCUGGACAGGAUCCCAGAGGUCUAUACGCCGCUCCUGGAGCGCCUCCUUGUGGUGCAGAUCGACAGCUUCCCUCAGUACAGCGAGAGGAUGCAGACUUCCUGCUGUAGAUGCAUCCUGAAGGUGUUGGUGGCCAUGGCCUCCAAAGGGCCGGUUCUGUGGAGCUUCAUUAGCUCCGUUGUCCACCAGGGUUUGAUUCGCGUCUGCUCAAAACCCAUCGUGACUCCUGAGGCUGCCUUAGACAACUCCUCUGAGUCGUCCCAAAUUCGCACGGGAAAGUGGAAAGUUCCCUCCAGCGACAACUACCUCCCUCUGUUCAAAGAACUGCUGGACUGCGAUCGGCUGAAGGACUCCGGGUUUUUGGACGGUGCGUUCGAAAGCCAGAACGCUGCCCUCGGCUCUCUGAGCCGCCUUCUGUACGACGAGCUGGUGAAGUCGAUUCUCCGAAUCGUAGAGAAACUGGACCUGUCUCUGGAGAAAAUCGCCACAGGAGACGAGGCUCCAGAUGACGCAGCCCUCAUCCUGCCCUCCUCCGACCCCACAGCUCAUCUUUUGCCCAACAAGAUCAAGGACUUCACUGCUUUUAUCAACCUGGUUGACUUUUGCAGCGAGUUGUUGCUGAAGAAGCACAUGGAGUACUUCCAGGCGUGGAUGUAUCCUCUCAGCCAUGAACUCAUCCUCCACUCCAUUCGAAACCCGCUGGUCAGCGGCUUCUACAAGCUUCUGUCCGUCACCAUGAAGAUUGCCAAGAGAACCAAGUACUACCAGGGGGUCGGCCUGAGCAGCAGCUCCUCUCCUCACAGAGACACUGUGAAAAGUGCUUGUUUUGCUCUCUUCGCUAAGUUUGGAAAAGAGGUGUGUGUGAGAAUGAAGCAGUACAAAGACGAGCUGCUGGCGUCCUGCUUGACCUUCGUCCUCUCGCUGCACCACAGCAUCGUCGCUCUGGACAUAAAGGCGUACACCCCCGCUCUGGAGACGGCGCUGAAGUUAGGUUUGAGCCACGUUCCUCUGGCCGACGCCGCCCUGGACGCUCUGGAGGACUGGUCCUCUCACAUUCCCCUGGAAACCAUGCAGCCCUGCUACUCCAGCAUCCUCCCUCUGCUGGACGGAUACCUGAAGACCACGUCCAGCGACAACAAAGACGAGAGCAGCUGGGAGGUGAUGUCUUCUGUAUCUUCGAGAACCGACCGAGGCUACAGCCGAGUGAUGACCAGACUGCUGAAGAGGUCCAGCCAGCUCGUGGUGGAGGACGCUCCUCUGGUCCAGGUGCGGCUCCGGGUGGUGAAGCUGCUCGGACAUCUGGGAGGAAAGCUGAACAGAAACCUCGUAACGGUGGUUUCAUCUGAAGAAAUGAUGAAGAAGUUUGUGGCCUGGGAUUCGGAGAAGAGGCUGAGCUUCGCCGUGCCGUUCAGAGACAUGAAGCCCGUCAUUUUCCUGGACCCGUUCCUGCCUCGCAUCAGCGAACUGGCUCUGUCCACGAGCGACAGGCAGACCAAGGUGGCGGCGUGUGAGCUGCUCCACAGUCUGGUGGUCUACAUGGUCGGGAAGAGCGCUCAGAUGGCCGAAGGCGAGAAGAGUUUACCGCCGAUGUACAAGCUGCACAAGAGGCUUUUCCCCGUGCUGCUGCGUCUGGCCUGCGACGUCGACCAGGUCACCAGGCAGCUCUUCGAGCCUCUGGUGAUGCAGCUGAUCCACUGGUUCACAAACAAUAAGAAGUUCGAAAGCCAGGACACGGUCGCCGUGCUGGAGGCCAUUCUGGACGGCGUGGUGGACCCCGGGGACAGCACCCUCAGGGACUUCUGUGGCCGCUGCAUCGAAGAGUUCGUCAAGUGGUCGAUCAAGCAGACCACGCCCAAGCAGCAGGAGAAGAGCCCCACCAACAUGAAGUCCCUGUUCAAGCGCAUCUACAGCCUGGCUCUCCACCCCAACGGCUUCAAACGGCUCGGCGCCGCCCUGGCGUUCAACAGCAUCUACAGACAGUUCAGGGAGGAGGGCGCUCUGGUGGAGCAGUUUGUCUUCGAAGUGCUUGUCAUCUUUAUUGAAAGCCUGGCUCUCGCACACGCUGACGAGCGAUCUCUAGGGACACUGCAGCAGUGUUGCAGUGCUAUUGAUCACCUGAAAAGAAUAAUAACCCACAAAGCUCCCAGUCUGAAUCAGCACAGCGCUAAGAGACGCGUCCCAAGGGGGUUUCCGCCCGAUGAGAAGCUCUGCCUGUCGGACGUGGUUUUAUGGCUGCUGGAGCAAUGCGGCCGUCCGCAGACCGAGUGUCGCCACAAGUGCAUGGAGCUCCUCUACGAAUUCAUCCCCCUCCUGCCAGGAAAGAAGGCUCCGCCUCAGUGGCUGGACGCCAUGCUGAAGGAUCACGGCGCAGGCUUCCUGGUGUCGCGCUUCGAGGGCGGAGGCCUGCUGUCCCAGCCCACCCUGCGGGACCGGGCGGGGCCCUUCAGCGUCAGAGCCGCCCUGCAGUGGAUGGACCUCCUGCUGGCCGCUCUGGACUGCUACAACACCUUCAUCAGCUUGCACAUCAUCAAGCCUCACUUCCUUCUGGGACUGAAAGAUGACUCCAGCUUUCUGAAAGCGGUGCGCUUCUUCCUGACGGAGCUGGCGGCUCAUGGCCUGGCCUCGGCAGAGAGCUGCUUCCCUCUGGGCGACAGGACGUCUCACUUCAGCCCCAGAGAGACGGAGCAGUACAACUACAGCAAGUGCACCAUCAUCGUCCGCCUGCUGGAGUUUGCCUCCAUGAUCCUAGCGAAAGGAGACGAGGAGCUGUGGAAGCUUCUUGAAAAAGACAUCUUCGGCUCGGUUUUCUUCGAGCUGACUGCGACGGUGGUGUGCCAGCCGUCCGCCGCAGGCUUCAACGUGGCAGACGUGGAGGUGAUAAAGAACCUGCCGGACGUGUGUGUUCCUCUGCUCAGAGCCCUGCUGGCCUCGCCGUACCGCACACACCUGGAGAGCAGCCUGCAGAUGAAGAUCUCACGCAAAAACGUGGAGGAGCUGUGCGCCGUAGACCUGUACAGUCCCAGCACCGCCGGGCAGCAAGACCAGAUGGAAAUGGUUCUGGCUUCCUGCAAGCAGAUCCAAAAAGCCGGUUUCCUCGGCUCCAUCCUGCACUGCCAGGAUUCCUCCUAUUCCAGGUCUCUUGGGUCUCAGCUCCUGCAGACUGUGUAUAAAGGCAUCGCUCCGGGAGAGGAGAGGAAGGCUCUUCCAUCCUUGGACGUAAACACCAAGCGGGUGGCGGACGGCCUGCUGCAGCUGGCCUUCUCUCUCCAUCAGCAGAGCGAGCAGCUGGUGGACCUGCUCCUGAACACCAUCAUGCUCUCUGUGCCCAUAUCUGGGAGCCACAGCCGCAACUUCAUGAGCUUCUCGCACGGCGAGUACUUCUACAGCCUCUUCCAGUCCACCGUCAACACCGAGCUGCUGAGGAACCUGAACGCCACGGUGCCUCACCUCCUGAAGGCCUCGUCCAGGAACCCCAGCACGGUGAGCGUGCUGCUGAACGGCAUGCUGGACCACAGCUUCAGGGACCGCUCGGUGAGGAAGACCCAGGGGAAGCAGCUGGUGGAGGAGGUGCUCCGGCGCUGGAUGGGCCUGCAGUCGUGGUGGGAGGGAAGCUCGUCCACUCCAGAGAGCAAGACCGCCACGCUCAUGCUGCUGUCCAAGCUGCUGCAGAUCGACUCCUCGGUCUGCUCCGACAUCAGCCACGAGGCGUUCAGACCGGUGUUCUCUACUUUCACCAUGCUGCUGGUCGACAUGACCCUUCCUCUGAAUUUCAAGAGCCAGGCCCUGCUGGUGCUGCCCUUCUUCACCACCCUGCCAGAGGAGCCUCUGGCCGAGCUGCAGAAAGCCCUGGACGCCCUGGUGGCCUCACACUUCCCCAUGCAGUCUGACGAGUUUGCUAAAGGCUCUCUGCACCGAAACAACUACAUGGACUGUGUCCGGAAGCUGCUGGACGCUCUGGAGCUCUCUCAGAGUCCGCUGCUGCUCAGGCUGCUGGCUCUGAUUCUCUGUCGGGACAAAAAACACAUCAUGGAGGAGCAAUUCCAGACCUGCUUCCAGAGAAUUGCAAAGCGGUCGAGCAGCGAGCGGCAGCUGCAGCUCCUGAACGCCGUCUACGACGUGGUUCAGAAAGGAGACGUGCCGGUCAGCUCCAUGCUCCAGGCCAUGACGGAGCGCGUCCUGCUGCCGCUGGCCUCCCACUGCGGCGCCUCGGCCCUCAGCGACUUCUUCGUGGCGAAUGUCUCCGACCUGAUGGCGCUGCUGCUCAGCCGUUUCACCAAGUCGAGCGAGGCGGCGUUUGAGGUCCAGCUGCUGAAGAAGAGCGGCUGCUACAAGCUGAUGGAGCUCCUUUAUUCGCGGCUUCCUAAGGAAGAGGUUUACUCCAAAGAGUCCCGGAUCAACCGAGCCUACUGCCGCUCGGACACGGCCGAGGGAAACGAGCUGUCCAAGACGCUGAUCAAGUCGUGUUUUGAAGCCUUCACGGAGAACAUGGCGGGCGAGACCCAGCUGCUGGAGCUCAGGAGGCAGUUCCACUGCGCGGCGUACGUCUGCGGCAUCGCAGCCAUCAGCUGCAGCUUCAAUGAGGCCAAGUUCUACCAGGGCUUCCUGUUCAGCGAGAAGCCAGAGAAGAAUCAGUUUAUUCUUGAAAACAUCAUUGAUGUUAAGAGGAGCUACACGUUUCCCAUUGAGAUCGAGGUUCCUCUCGAGAGAAAGAGGAAAUAUGUGAUGAUUCGGAAAGAAGUGAGCGAGGAGAGUGGAGACGUGCCGGUGUAUCUGUCCUCCCAGUCCUACAUGGCCGACAGCAGCCUGAGUGAAGAGAUGAGCCAGUUCGACUUCUCCACAGGAGUCCAGAGCUUCUCCUUCAGCUCCCAGAACCCAGAAGGACGAAAGCGGCCCGCUGCAAAAAGAGUGACAGAAGAGGCCAAUCCUUCCCAGGAUGCAAUGGUGGACCUCGAAAUGGACGAGCUGAACCAGCAUGAAUGCAUGGCGAGCAUGACGGCUCUGAUUGGCCACAUGCACAGGAACAACAUCACGCCCAAAGUGGAAUCGGGAAAUUCUCCCAGUGAGCUUCCUCCCUGGAUGAAAUUUCUACACGGAAAACUGUCAAAUCCGGCCACACCUCUGAACAUUCGGCUGUUCAUCUCAAAGCUGAUCAUCAACACAGAGGAGGUGUUCCGGCCGUAUGCCAAACACUGGCUGGGGCCGCUGCUGCAGCUCGUAGUGUCCGGCAACAAUGGAGGCGAGGGGAUCCACUACAUGGUGGUGGACGUCGUGGUCACGCUGCUGUCAUGGACGAGCCAGGCCAGCCCCAAGGGUAACACCAGAGACGAGGUCCUGGCCAAUCGGCUGUUGGAGUUCCUGAUGAAGCACAGCUUCCACUCCAAGAGGCCCGUUUUCCGCCACAACCUGGAGAUCAUCCGCACCCUGGUGGAGUGCUGGAAGGACAGCCUCCACGUGCCGUACGGUCUGAUAUACGACCGAUUCUGUGGCACCGACCCGAACAGCAAAGACAACUCGGUGGGGCUUCAGCUGCUGGGAAUCAUCCUGGCCAACAAUCUGCCGGCGCACGACGCCUCCUGCGGGAUCGACUACGACAAGUACAUCCAGUCUCUCUGCAACAACGUGUCGUAUGUGAGGUAUAAAGAGGUUUACUCAGCCGCCGCAGAAAUCAUCGGCCUCAUCUUGAAGAAUGAAGCCAACAAUCAAAAUGAGAAACUUCUGAGCCUCGCUGCAAAUAAGAUCGCGGAUCUGAAGACCAAGAACCUGGAUGACAAGUUCAUCAUUUGCCUCAGCAAAGUGUCCAAACACUUCCCUCCCUUCAUGGAUCGAUUUGUGAAUUUUGUCUUCUACCUCCUGCCGAAGCUGCACGGGAUCCUGAAGACCAACUGCCUGGAGUGCGUUCUGAGCCGGGCUGAUGUGAUCCCUGACAUCUUUCUGCAGCUAAAAACCACAAACUUCAUUCAGACGAUGGCCCACAGGGACGAAGGAAGGCAGAGGGUGUGUCUGGACGUCAUCCAUAAGAUCCUGGCCCGCCUGACGCCGCCGGAGCUCCAGGAGCUGCUGGGACCGGUGGCAGCCUUCAUCUCUCAUCCGUCUCCCGUCUGCAGGGAGAGGAUGUACGACAUCCUCAUGUGGAUCCAGGAUAACUACGGUGAUGAGGAGAGCAUGAAGGACAACACUUCAGUGGAGAUUUUGAAUGCGGCCAAAGAAACUUUGCUUCAGGGACUGUCGGACGAACACCAAGGCCUUCAGCUUUACGUUCGCAACUUUUGGAGUCAGGAGAAGCGGCUGCCCACUGCCACCCUCCAGCGGAUGCUGAUGGUGCUGCGGUCGCUCUACUCCUGCCAGAUCGAGAGAUGCUUCUUAAGCCUGGCCACCAAUCUGCUGCUGGAGACGACCAGCCAGAGCCCCGACUUCAGCCGCAACAUGUUCGAGUACGCCCUGUCGGAGUGCACCUUCCAGGAUUACGUGAUCGACUCCAACUGGCGCUUCCGGAGCACGGUCAUGACCCCCAUGUUUGUGGAGACCCAGACGUCUCUCAGCCCGGAGAGCCUGGCGGCGUCUCAGUCUGGAGCCAUGAAGGGGAAACUCAGAGCCACUCAGACCACCUUAGAGUUCUCCCAGACCCAGGCGCCGGGUCGCCGCACUGCGUACAACUGGCUCACAGGCAGCAGCGUGGACACGCUGGCAGAGUACACCCCCGGCUCCGAGUCCCUGUCCUCCCUGCUGGUGUUUGACAAGAAGCCAGAGAGGCAAACCGCCAGGAAGCCCGUGGGCGAAGGCUUCGGCCUGAGGCGCCUGACCGCCUCCACAGACGAGGUGGACAGUCGCACCAGAGCAGAAAACGAGCAGCGCAGCAACAUCCUGCGACUGAGACGCAGGUUCCUGAAGGACCAGGAGAAAGUCAGCUUGAGUUUCGCCAAGAAGGAGAUCCAACAUCAGAGGCAGAGAAAGGAAGAAAAAGCCGAUCAGAGGCUGAGAAAAGAGGCUCAGGUGACUUUAUAUCGUAGCUACAGAGUGGGAGACUUCCCCGACAUCCAGAUCCCGUACAGCAACCUCAUAGCACCGCUUCAAGCUUUAGCACAAAGAGAUCCCAUUUUAGCCAAGCAGCUGUUCAGCUCGCUGUUCGCUGGAAUCGUCCAGGAGAUGGAGAGGCAGCAGAGUGGGGAGGAGAGUGGGAGGAUUAAAGAGGAGCUGCGCUGCAACAUGAACGCCUUCCUGAGCAAGAGCACCAUCUGCUUCCCCCCGUUCAUCGCCUGCGUGCAGGACAUGUGCUACCAGCAUAAAGAUCUUCUGCUGGUGAACCCAGACGCCAUCAGCUCCACCUGCCUGGUGAGUCUUCAGCAGCCGUCGGGCAUCCUGCUGCUGGAGGAGGGACUGAUAAACGACACCGUCGGCGAGGAGCGCCCGGCCAAACGGGCGCGAGGGCGCAAGGAAAUCCCCCCAGACACCAAGAAGUGGAUCAACCUCGCAAGGCUCUACAGAUCUCUGGAAGACUUCGAUGUUGUGCGGGGAAUCUUCGGUGGGAAGGUUGGGACCAAGCCCAUCACGUGUGCCGCACUCCAGGCUGAAGCCAACACCGACUUCACAGAAGCCGUCAAUCUUUACAACGCGGCUCUGAACACUGAGAGCUGGGAGGAUGGCGAGCCCUCAGACACCGAGAAGGACUUCUGGGAAAUCGCUGCGAUGGAGGCCUACAACCACCUGACCGAGUGGAAGUCUCUCCAGUACUGUGCCAUCUUAAACAUCGACGAUAACUCUCCGCCCGACCUGGAUAAGAUGUGGACGGAUCCCGUGUAUCAGGACAUGUACCUGCAGCACAUGAUCCGCAGCAUGCUGAAGCAGCUGCAGCUGGGCCAGACGGACCAGGCUCUGCUCAGCUUCAUCGACAGGGCCAUGAGGGUGGAGGAGCGCAAGAAGCUGCUGGAGAGCAAAUACAGCCAGGAGCUGAGCCUGCUCUACAUCCUGCAGGAGGACUACGACCGCGCCCGAUACUACACCAACUACGCCAUGCAGCUCUUCAUGGAGAGCUACUCCAGCGUGGAUACGCUGCUGACUCAGAGUCGACUGACCAUCCUGCAGUCAGUGCAGCCGCUGACGGAGAUCCAGGACUUCCUGCAGUUCAUGAAAGGCGACGUGUCUGUGAGCUCCCUCAAGCACCUCAUCAGGCUGUGGACGGAGCGCUACCCCGACGCAGAGGUGGAUCCCAUGAACGUGUGGGACGACAUCGUCACGUCCCGGUGCUUCUUCUUAGACAAGAUCAGAGAAAAGCUGGCAGGCGACGGGAUGGACCUGGACGGUUCAGAGAACCCAGAGGCCGAAGUGGAGAAGCUCGUGAAUGACUGCAAGUUCAGCAUGAAGCUGCACAUGGCUGACAGCGCAUGCAAGCAGAGCAACUUUUCCGUCGCCACCAAGUUGCUGAAAGAGCUCCGUAACGAAGCCAAGACGGACAGAGGCUGGCUGCUGCGCUGGGUCCACAGCUUCAGCCGCUACAGCAACAAGAGGAGCCAGACCCAGAGUCCUCUGGUGCAGAUCGGCAACAUGCUGAAGGUCGUCCCGCUCCUGGAGGAAGUGGAGGCCGACUGUCAGGGAGCUCCGGCUCAAGUCUUCAGGUACCAGAACAUCCUCCAGGGCACGUCUUUCCACGUCAUGGCCACGGCCGUCAGCAGGAGUCCCUCCAUCCUGGCCGCCAUUGGAGCCGACAAGGCGGCGAGGGUUGCACAGCAUUCUGGAGCCGCCUGGCCCAGCGACAACAUCAAGGAGGUGGAAGUGGGGCUGCAGCUGAAAGCGCUGGCGCUGCUGUGCAAAGCGACGGCCAAGGCGGACGAGGAGCUGCAGUCUUACACGCAGGACUGCGUGGAGGCCGGCAGCAUCGUGGAAACCUACAUGGCCCUGGCAAACUUCUGCGACAAGCGGCUGCGAGAGGAGGAGCAGAACGAGGGCGAGAGUCAGUUCCCAGACCUGCUGGCCCUUCCCGUCCACGUGGUCCAGAGCAUGCUGAAAGCCCUGAAGAUGAACUCAGAGGAGUCUCGCCUUAAGUUCCCCCGUCUGCUGCAGAUCAUCGAGCUGUACCCGUCCGAGACGCUGGACCUCAUGACGAAGGAGAUGGCGUCGGUUCCCUGCUGGAUGCUGAUCGGCUGGAUGGCCCAGAUGGUGGCGCUCCUGGACAAGCCGGAGGCCGUGGCGGUGCAGCGCUGCGUGGAGCAGAUGGCCCAGUCCUACCCCCAGGCCCUGGUUUACUCCCUGAUGAUCAGCAGCGAGAGCUACUGCUUCGAAGACUCCGUCAUGGGCCACCAGCAGCGGGAGUUCGUCCACAGGGUCCGCAGCCUGCUGGAUAAGGGCAACGCCGUGAAGAACUUUGUGGACGCGCUGCAGCAGCUGACCAAUCCGGAGAUGAUCUUCAAGGACUGGUGGGACGGCGUGAAGAAUGAGCUGCUGAACCCCAGCUUCAACAAGAAGCAAAUGAGCAGCAUGUAUAUGGAGAUGUACUCCUCGCUCGGAGGUCGGAACACAGACGGCCAUGGGAUGUUCCGCAAGAAGUUCAUCCAGAAAUUCUCCAAAGACGUGGAGAAGCUGCUGGGGUCUGACGGCAGCAAGCUGUUUGAGAAGAGGAAGGACAAGAGCUUCCUGAAGAAGGUGGACGAGCUGGCGAACUCCAUGAGGGGAUUCCAGAAGGAGCCGGGGAACCUGAAGGAGUACUCGCCUUGGCUGAGCGCCUUCAAGGCCGACGCCUUCGGCAACGAGCUGGAGAUUCCAGGUCAAUAUGACGGCAGGUCGAAGCCGCUACCAGAGUAUCACGCCAAGAUAACCGGCUUUGAUGAAAGGGUGAAGGUGAUGUCCUCCAUCCGGCGCCCGAAGCGCCUGAUCAUCCGGGGGGACGACGAGCGGGACCACCCCUUCCUGGUGAAGGGCGGCGAGGACCUGCGGCAGGACCAGCGCAUCGAGCAGCUGUUCGGCGUCAUGAACAUCCUGCUGGGCCACGACACGGCCUGCACGCACCGCGGCCUGCAGCUCCGCACCUACCAGGUCAUCCCCAUCACCACCAGGAUCGGCCUGAUCGAGUGGAUGGAAAACACCUGCACCCUGAAAGAGUUCGUGUACGACUCCAUGUCUGAAGAGGAGAAGAGAAAGGCGGGAAGCUGUGGUGAAGUCUACAACCAGUGGCUGUCCAAGUUUGCUUCAAAGACUGUGAGUGGCAUUCAGGUGUAUGCUGAGGCUUACAGGAAAGCGAAACGUGACGAAGCGGCCGCCGCCUUUAGCAGAGUGCUGCAGCAUGUUCCCACCGGCCUCCUGAAGCGAGCCUUCCUGAAGAUGUGCAACAGUCCCGAGGCCUUCCUGUCGCUGCGCUCCCACUUCGUCAGCUCCCACGCCCUGCUGUGCGUCAGCCACUGGAUCCUGGGCAUCGGAGACCGCCACCUCUCCAACUUCAUGAUCAACACGGAGACGGGCGGCAUGAUCGGCAUCGACUUCGGCCACGCCUUCGGCUCGGCCACACAGUUCCUGCCCGUGCCGGAGCUCAUGCCGUUCCGGCUGACCCGGCAGUUCCUGAACCUGAUGCAGCCUCUGAGGGAGUCGGGUCUGAUCCAGAGCAUCAUGGUCCACUCGCUGCGGGCCUUCAGGGCCGAGCCCGACCUGCUGCUCAACACCAUGGACGUGUUCGUCAAGGAGCCGUCGCUGGACUGGAAGAACUUCGAGGUGAAACAACUGAAGAAAGGAGGAACGUGGACCGAGAGCGUCGACACCAAAGAAAUCAACUGGUAUCCCCGACAGAAGGUCGACUUCGCCAGGAGGAAGCUGGAGGGAGCGAAUCCGGCCGCCAUAACCAGCGAGGAGCUGCAGCUGGGGUUCGAGAAGGACGCCGCCUUCCCCGGGAUGAAGUCCGUGGCUCUGGGCGGCGAGCAGCACAACGCGCGCGCCCGGCUGGCGGCGGCGGGGCUGUCGGUGGAGCAGCAGGUGGAGUGUCUGCUGGACCAGGCCACCGACCCCAACGUGCUGGGCAGGGUGUGGGUGGGCUGGGAGCCCUGGAUCUGAUUACCGGGAUUAUCCCUCUGCUGCUCCCACGUCAUCCGGAAAACAUCCGGGAAGCCGAUGUUUCUCAGGCGCGGCGAAGUCCAGGCUGUCAUGAAACCUGCCGUCUUAAAAUCAGUCAAGUGGCUCUUCUUGUAUUUGUUGGAAACCUUUUUUACUCCCUGUGUUAAAGAAAUGAAAGCUUUUGCACUUGAGAAUUGUAACAUCUCACUGUUGUGUUUGGCUGAAUUGUGAUUUCCGCAGCGCACUGUAUGAAACAUGUCACCUUUCUGUUAUUAAAAAAUGAAAUGAUUUCUG